AUGGAUAGUACAAAUAUUAGAGUUUUAUCUCAGAAUUGUUGGGGUAUACCAUUUCUUAGUUUAUUUAGGAAAGAAAGGAUAUUAGCUUUGGCAAAAGAGAUUAGCACAGGAAAAUAUGAUAUUGUUGCUUUGCAAGAAGUUUGGUCUGAAGAGGAUUACACAUGUUUAUGUAUGUAUUCAAAGUCAGUCUUACCCUAUUCACAUUAUUUUUAUACUGGUGUUAUAGGAAGUGGCCUUUGUAUAUUAUCUAAAGGCCCUAUAUUGAAUACUAUAAUUCACCAAUAUAGUUUAAAUGGCAAACCUCACAAAAUUUGGCAUGGGGACUGGUUUGGGGGAAAAUGUGCAACUCUGAGUAUUCUCCAGUUUGAUUCAUUCAUAAUCCAUUUUUAUCUAACUCAUACCAUAGCUAAAUAUACUACCUCAAAUAGCUUAGCUGAGAAUAUUGUUCUAAAAAAUUAUAAUGAUGACCCAUUGAAUUAUUUUGACCAUUACUCAAAAACGGAUGAUAUUUAUGCUGUACAUAGAUUAUGCCAAUUGUUUGAAUUAGCUAAUUUUAUAACUCUAACAUCUAAUUCAAAGCAUGAUGCAAUUAUAUUAGCUGGGGACUUGAACUGUUCACCUAAUGAGUUACCAAUCAAACUUUUAUUAACAUACACUGGACUAAGUGAUUCAUGGCAAUCAUAUUUUAAUAAUUCCAUUAUCAAUUGUGAAUGUGAAGAUUAUUUGUGCAAGGAUGAAAAUGAAAAAUAUAAAGGGACUUAUAUUGAUAAUGGUUUAAUUCAAAGAAAAAAUAUGGGAAAACUUCCACCUCACAAUAUAAUUAAAAAUGAUAAUUUUGAAUUUCCAGAAACAUUAAAUUCAGAUGAAAACAUUGAGGAUAAUGUUUCAUUAAUAAAUUCAUUAGAACCUAAAGAUUCUUGGACAUUUUCUAAUCCUUCUAACUCAUUUACAGUUUCUCAAUCAUUUACUAACAUAAUUAGUGCUAAAAUGAGUCAAUGUUGGGAUUUUAUGAAAGCUCAUAAAUGUGACAUAAAUAAUUUUCAUAAUGUACCCUGCUCCGGGCAACGAUUGGAUUAUAUUUUGUUUGGAGUUGUCAAUCAAAGUGUGAAAAUAGAUUGUCACAGAUAUCGAAUAUUUUCUGAUAAAGUUAAUUAUCAACACAAUAAAAUAGAAUGCAUGAGUUUGUCUGAUCACGAAGGUGUUCUUGUUCAUUUUUCUUUGGCCAGAAAUAAAGAUAAAAUCCGAUGCAACGAUUCUCAAGAAAGAACAUUCCCACUAUGCAAAGAUGCUAUCUAUUUACCGACCGUCGAUUUGAUUCUCGAAAAAGCAUUGGUAGAUGGCAACAAAGAAUCUAGGGUGUAUAAAAUAUUAUCCUUCGCAUUAUCCGUCCUUUUGUUUGUCCUGUUUCUAUACGAAAGCUGUCUAAAAAUUGUGCUCUCACCAUUCCUUUCAUCCCUAACCUUUUCAGUGUCGAUAGUCUUUCUGCGCAUGAAUGUUUACUCGUUUAUAUGUUUUUGCCUUUGGAUGGCUCUAGUGUGUCAUCGGACCGAAGUUAGCGCGCUUAAAAACGUCAGGAAAACAAUCGAACUAUUGAGGUUGCAUCACGAUACUCAAUUAAAUAAUUUGGGAGUUUAAUAAACACUUGUACAAUUUCUAUUUCGACUGAUUGUAAUUUAUGAAUGGACAUUCAAUCAAUAAUUAAAAAAAAUAAUAUAUAAAAUUUCUUUGAUAUGUAAUUUUAUUUAUUCCAAUCA